UCUGUUUACAGCUUUUACCUUACAGCGGAAGAAAAAAUCGUGUCCGUCCAUUCCACACCCCACUCCACUCCAUGUGAUGUGCUGCCUCCGCUUUUUCCCUCCCUUUCCCUUCUCCCUCCUCCCAUCCCUCUCCUCCCCUCCACCGCCGCCCGCCGCCGCCGCCCAUGACGCCGCCGCCCUCCCCUCCGCCGCCGGCCGCCGCCGACGCGCUCGCCCAGAUCCUGCACGCCCUGCUCCCUCCGCUCCUCCUGGCGGCAUCCUCCGCCAGGGCGCUCCACUCCCGCUGGCGCGCGCUCCACGUGACGCUGCUCGCGCUCCAGUCCUCGCUAGCCUCCGCGCCGGCCUCCGCCGCGGCCCAGCCGCUCUUCGCCGAUCUGGUGGCUUCGCUGCUCCCGGCACUCCGCUCCCUCCACGCGCUCUCCGCGCGCUGCCAGGACCCGGCGCUCCCCGGCGGGCGCCUGCGCCUCCAGAGCGAUCUCGACAUCGCGGCCUCCUCGCUCUCGCUCCUCCUGCACGACCUCUCGCUGCUCCUCCGCUCGGGCCUCCUCUCCGUCGACUCCUCCUCCUCCCCCAACGCCAUCGUGCUGCAGGUGCCCGCCGCGGGGGCGUCCCGCGCCGACAAGUCGCUCUUCAUCUGGGACGCCUUCGCGCGGCUCCAGAUCGGCGGGCUUGACCUCAAGCUCAAGGCGCUCGCCUCGUUGCUGGAGUUGCUGGGCAACGACCCUGCCGCCGAGGCGGCAAACAUCGUUGCCACCGAUGGGGACGUGGCUGCCCUGCUCCGCAUGCUCGACGCGUCGGCCCACUCCGUGCUGCGAGACCGCGCAGCGGCGGCGGUGGCUCUCCUUGCCACUGCCUCCGCUGCAUCCAGGAAGGUGGUGUUCGACGAGGGCGGCCUUGGCCCGCUGUUGCGCGUGCUCGACUCCUGCUCGGCACCGGCCACAAGGGAGCGAGCCUUGGUGGCCAUUGAGGCCAUCACUGCCGAUGCUGGUAGCGCGUGGGCUGUAUCGGCGUAUGGUGGGGUGCCCAUCUUGAUUAAUGCAAGUCGUCCUGGCUCUGGGUCGCUGGCUGUGCAGGCGCUGGCUGUAGCAGCGCUCAACAAUGUGGUUUCCAUCGAGGAUGUGCGCUCAGCAUUAGUUGAAGAGGGCGGGUUGCCGGUUCUGGUUGAUUUACUUGCGAGUGGCACUACUGACACGCAGAAGAGUGCUGCUCUCUGCUUGCAGUCAAUUGCAUCCAUGGGUGACCUUCAGACACAGCAACAGAUUGUUCAAGACGGUGCAUUGCUGGCACUAUUGCAGGCUCUGCACACCACCACCGAUCUGGUUCUUCAGGAUUGUGUCCUACGUGCUAUCCACACUCUUAUAGCAGUCCCUGCUGCAGCCCGAACCCUUUGUUCAUCGCCGCUGUUCUUUGCGCAACUUACAGACCAUAUGUGCCGUGGUGGUAGCAUCCUGUUGCAGCAGAUGGCUGCGGAUAUGGUUGCUGACCUUGCACCUGGCAUAAGUGAUGAGACCAAACGGUUCAUGGCACCAUGUGUUAGCUCGCUGGUUAAGAUGAUGGAGGUUGCUAAGCCUGCAUCUGUACAGGAGUCAGCUUGCCAAGCGCUGCUUACUUUGAUGACCUUGAAAUCCAAUAGGAAGGAACUGGUCAGGGAUGAGAAGAAUCUGACAAGGCUAGUUCAGAUGCUUGAUUCCCGGAAUGAGGAGAUUGAUAAAAAGUACCCGGUCUCAGUACUUCUAGCACUUGCCAUGGGUGGUGGGAAUGGAACACGUCGGCGGCUUGCAGAUGCUGGUGCUUGCCAGCAUCUACAAAAGCUGGCUGAUGCCGAGGUGCCUUGUGCAAAGAAGGUUUUGCAGCGGAUAUCCAGCAAUCGAUUCAAAAGCUUACUUUCCAGAGGAUGGAACAGCUAGUCCAUCUGCUGCAUUGGGUUAAAGAGAGCCCAAGUAUGGAGAGCUUCUAAUUAUGGAAGAAUUGAAGAAAGCUUAAGUAUUUAAUUAGGAGGCAUCAUACAAGAAGACUGACCAAGAGACGAGGAGUUCUUGUUUCUCUGGUGCUAAAAGGUGCACAGUAGCAACUAUUUACUACUAGUAUAUUGACAAGAUGGAAGCAUGGAUGCGGCAUUUUAGGAUGUAUCCUUGAGCUUCUAUGUUUCCCCUCUUUUAUCGCCCUAUUUUUUUGCCAGUUCCUAUUUUCAACCUUUUUUUCUCUUCCUAUUCUUCAUUUAUCCCUCACCUGUUUUGUGAAGUAAUUGUUUAUGUGUUGAUUUGGAAUGAAGUAAAUGUUUGAUGUGUCACUGGACACAUCCCCCUGGGAUCACUUUA